AGCACAGGUGAAAGGGUGGAGGCCAGAGGGAGUUCCCACCUGUUGAAUUCUUAAAGUCGUGAAGACUCAAGAAAAAUAACAAGGAGUGGCCGAUUAGAGUCUUUUGGACUUGUCCAGAGCUCCACCCUCGGCCAGAGGAAAAGCCCCUGGGGACCCAGGCGGGAGCAUCAGACGAGCGCGAGAAAGGCGCCUGCCUGUGCGCGCUCCACCUCUGCGCAGCGGGUGCGGGGCGGUGACCUGUCCCUUGAACUGGCCAUGGCGGCUGUGGGAUCUACGCGCUCCGGGAGCCCUGCCCUCGGCCUGGGACACCUGUUGACCCUCGCGAUCCUUGCACUUGCCUGUGAUGCCUGUAAAGAAGUUGUCCUCCGGGUCCCCUCUGAACUACCUGCCGAGAAAUUUGUUGGCAGAGUGAACCUGAUGGAAUGCCUUAAAUCGGCAAAUAUAAUUCAUCUGAGUGAUCCUGACUUCCAAGUCUUAGAAGAUGGUUCUGUGUACACAACCAAUUCUGUUGUUUUGUCCUCGGGGCAAAGAAGCUUUACUAUAUGGCUUUUCAACACAGACAGCCAAGAAGAAAGGGAGAUAUCUGUCCAUUUAGAGGGCCCAGUAGAGGUACUAGAUAAAAGACUGCAUGCAGAGAAGGUUCUCAGCCGGGCCAAGAGAAGAUGGGCUCCUAUCCCUUGUUCCAUGCUGGAGAAUUCAUUGGGUCCCUUCCCACUUUUCCUUCAACAGAUCCAAUCUGACACAGCUCAAAACUACACGAUAUACUAUUCCAUCAGAGGUCCAGGAGUUGAUAAAGAACCUCUAAACUUAUUUUAUGUGGAAAGAGACACUGGAAACCUGUAUUGCACUGGCCGCGUAGAUCGUGAGCAGUACGAGUCCUUUGAGCUGACCGCAUUCGCUACAACUCCAGACGGUUAUACACCAGAGUACCCACUGCCGCUCCUCAUUAAAAUAGAGGACGAGAAUGAUAAUUACCCGAUCUUUACACAGGAAGUGUACAGCUUCACAGUUCUGGAAAACAGUCGCAUUGGUUCUACUGUGGGGGAGGUCUGUGCAACAGACCAGGAUGAGCCGGACACAAUGCACACCCGGCUGAGGUACUCCAUCCUGGAGCAGUCGCCUUCUCCACCCAUGUUAUUUACUAUGCAUCCCACUACUGGUGUAAUCACUACCACGUCGGCUCAGUUGGACAGAGAGUUAAUUGACAAGUACCAGUUGCUAAUAAAAGUCCAGGAUAUGGAUGGCCAGUAUUUUGGUUUGCACACAACAGCAAAGUGCAUCAUUACUAUUGGAGAUGUGAAUGACAACUUGCCAACGUUCACUCGCACUUCGUAUGUGACAUCAGUGGAAGAAAAUACAGUUAAUGUGGAAAUCUUACGUCUUACUGUUCAGGAUAAAGAUUUAAUUAACUCACCUAAUUGGAGAGCUAAUUACACCAUUUUGAAGGGCAAUGAAAAUGGAAAUUUUAAAAUCGUAACAGAUCCUAAAACCAAUGAAGGCAUUUUGUGUGUGAUUAAGCCUCUGGACUAUGAAGAACGGCAACAGGUGACCCUGCAAAUUGGCGUCGUUAAUGAAGCUCCAUACACUAGAGAGACUAGCUCCAAGUCCCCCAUAAGCACAGCCACAGUGACUGUCACUGUAACAAAUCAAGAUGAGGGCCCCGAGUGUAUCCCUCCAACGCAAACUGUGAGGAUUCAAGAAAAUGUACCCGUUGGUACUAGAAACAAUGGAUAUAAGGCAUAUGACCCAGAGACCAGAAGCAGCAAUGGCAUAAGGUACAGGAAGUUAAGUGACCCAAGAGGGUGGGUCACUGUUAAUGAAGAUUCAGGAUCAAUCGCCAUUUUCCGAGCGCUGGAUCGAGAGACUGAGACCGUCAGAAAUGGCAUCUACAAUAUUACAGUCCUUGCAUUAGAUGCAGAUGGGAGAAGCUGUACUGGAACUCUAGGAAUCAUACUUGAAGAUGUGAAUGACAAUGGCCCAUUCAUACCCAAGCAGACAGUGGUGAUAUGCAAGGCUACCAUGUCCUCUGCUGAAAUUGUUGCGGUUGAUCCCGAUGAGCCAGUGAAUGGCCCACCAUUUGAUUUCAGUUUGGAGAGUUCUGAUUCAGAAGUACAGAGGAUGUGGAGGCUGACAAGAAUCAAUGAUACCGCAGCUCGUCUUUCCUAUCAGAAUGACCCUUCCUUUGGAUCCUAUGCAGUUCCCAUUCGAGUUACAGACAGACUUGGUCUGUCCUCAGUCACCACAUUGAAUGUCAUUGUAUGUGACUGCAUUACUGAAAGUGACUGCACACUCCGCUCCGGAGAAAGGACUGGCUAUGCUGAAGUGAGACUUGGACCAUGGGCUAUCCUUGCUAUACUGUUGGGCAUAGCCUUACUAUUUUGUAUCCUGUUUACAUUAGUCUGUAGUGUUUCCCGGGCAUCCAAACAACAGAAAAUUCUUCCCGAUGACUUAACUCAGCAGAACCUAAUUGUAUCAAACACCGAGGCUCCUGGAGAUGAUAAAGUCUAUUCCACAAACGGCUUGACAACUCAAACUAUGGGAGCUUCUGGGCAGACAGCUUUCACCACCAUGGGAACUGGAGUCAAAAGUGGAGGGCAAGAGACCACUGAGAUGGUAAAAGGAGGGCAGCAGACUUUGGACUCCCACAGAGGGACUGGCUAUCAUCACCAUACCCUGGAUCCUUGCAGAGGAGGACAUGUGGAGGUGGACAACUACAGAUACGCUUACUCUGAGUGGCACAAUUUCACUCAGCCCCGACUUGGUGAGGAAACCAUUAGAGGACACACUCUGAUUAAAAAUUAAACAAUGAAAGAAGGUACAGUUUUGUCAUGAGGAUGACAACCAGAAGCUUGCUCAAGACUACGUCCUCACAUACAACUAUGAGGGAAAAGGCUCAGCUGCUGGCUCCGUGGGUUGCUGUAGUGACCUACAGGAAGAAGACGGGCUUGAGUUUUUAGACCAUCUGGAGCCCAAAUUUAGGACAUUAGCAGAAGUAUGUGCAAAGAGGUGAACCUCUUCUAAUUGGGCAACAAAAACUAAUGGAUUCACUGCCUUGCCCUCCCUGCUGUAAACCAGGAGUUUUCAAAAAACAGAAGAUGUUAUAUUUGGGGCUCCCUCCCCCAUCUCAGUCUGCAGAAUCUCCAUGCAAAUGCACAUUUACAGAGAAACUUUGUAAUUAGUACUUGAAAACCAUUGUGCAUGGAUUUCAAUUAUUUCUCUUUUACCAGAUGUCAUCUCAGGUGGAAACUUAAAGAAAUUUGCAUUACUGUUUACAUUGGGUAAAAUGACAGCAGCCAACUUAUAGUGCAAUAAAGUUGAAUAGAUUUGAGUCUAUUUAUAGACUAUUGACUAUAACCCAAUUGGAGACUGUAGAUACCAUUAUCCCUAGUUAAUGGAUUAACUGGUUGUUCAUAUGGUGCUUGGAAACAGUUGUUUUCCUAAACAUUCUAAACUAUAUAUAUGCUGUGCCUUGCUUUAGUUAUAUUCUUGUAAUAUGGCCUGGCUUCAUAGUACAAAGGUAGAUUGCCAGGCAGCCAUUGAGUGUGCUUGAAAUUCUAAUCCAGUGGGUGUUAGCUUUUGUUCUAUGUAAAAUCCUACACUGAAUCACAAUCUUUUUUGUACCAACUUUGUCAGUUAAAUUUAGAUUUCAAAACUUCUUUAUAAUGUAUUCUGUUUUUCUAAAAGUUUUUUUAUCUGUGAUCAGCAAAUGUUCUAAACUCCCAUCCUUUCUUCAUUUAAUUUUUAUUUUUCAUUUUCUCUCCUGUUUGAUUUGAAAGGUCUACUUCCAAGAUAUUCCUAAAAGUUGUCUCUUCUCAUAAAAUAGUUGGUGUGUAUGCAUAUGCAUUGUUGGUUUUCUUAAGCUCAAUGUAAUAGCAACAUUAUUGUUUUUAU